CUGAAAUGUGGUGUUGUCCAACCACAUGCCUGUCAACGUUAUUCGGGGCAGUAGGCCAGAGUUUCCUUGCGUACUGACUGCAAAAGCACCUGAACAGUGGACUGAAUCUUCACGAUCCCCGCAUUUACGACAAUAGCCAUCGAGACAGAACGACACAACAAAAUGCCUGAUCCCUGUAACUGUGCGCAGAGCGGUGCGUGCUCGUGUGCCGGCGGGACGUGUCAGUGCGGGGAUGACUGUCGGUGUGGGGACGGCUGUAAGUGUGUCGGCUGCAAACUGCACGGCAAUGUGUCUGUCACCUGUUGUGCCAUGUGCACGGGAAAAGUGAAGAACUGUGCCUGUGGAUGCUCAUGUUGCCAGCCUGCCGCUCCAGCCGUGGUCAACAUGACAACGCCUCCAGCGGCUCACCUGUAAACUACAGGUUGUAAAACAUGGCGGUUCUCGAUGAUGCAUGAAUGACAUCCUAUAAUCUGUUCAUUAGACUGGAAAUGCUUUUAUGCACUUUUUACGUAAGUCUAAUAGCAGCUCACAACUAAAUUAAUAGUUGUUUUAAUAACUGUCCAAAUGAAUAAAUGCACCUUUUUUUUCUUUCUUCAAAUGCAGUAUCAUAGUCAGAGCUCGAGCACCUAACGUUAUGCAUGUAUAUCGUGUGUCAUCAACUUACAUAAAUGUCUGGCUUUCCGGCCUUUCUAUUUGAAAAAUCUAUUGACGUCGAUACAAGUAAGACUUUUGAAUAAUUCAGCGUAAAACGGAGUCAACAUUUAGUGCAUAAGCACAUAGCUGUCAGAAAAUAAGUGCUUCCUUGCGACUUAAUCUAAUUUUGCCCCGAUAAUCUGCAAACAUUAGCCAGUUCUGGAAUGCAAUGGCGGCGCAAACAUCAUUAUGGGCGCCCAUUUUACGGGCGAAAAGACUUAUAAAUACGUUAUCUUGCUGCCAUCUU